AUGGAUACAUUAGAGAAAUACGUACCAGCCGUUGUGUUGAAAUCAUGUGAACAGGCUUAUAAUCACAUCGAUCGCAUACUAGCACCUUAUAACUUGCCAAUCCCGACAGAGUUUGUUGUACUGGCAUUGGUUGGAUUGUUGUCUGCCAUUAUUAUAUCGGCGAUAUUCGGAGGAAGCAGUGAUAGUCGUGGUAGCAGUGGAUCAUCAACAUCAUCCUCGAGCAGCAGUGCAGGCGGCAAGAAGAAAGGAAACUCACUUGUCCUUCUCGGUCUCUGUGACUCUGGCAAGACAACACUCUUCCUCAAGUUGAUCCAGAAGUCACUUACAUCAUACUCUUCAAUCUCAGUCAACAAAGGAAACUUCAAUAACGCAGGCAAGAAGCUACCCAUUAUCGAUAUACCAGGUCAUGCAAAGAUGAGACCUACACUUCCACAAUACCUCUCACAGGCAUCAUCCAUUAUCUAUCUGAUUGAUAGCACAACAUUCUUUGAUCAAUCAAUCGAGGAGGCUCAGAACCUUUACGACAUUCUGGUGGACCCAAGCGUCUACGAGAGAAGAGUACCAAUCUUGAUAUUCUGUAACAAGACAGAUUUGACAACUAUUGGAGAGUCAGAUGUACAGUCUAUUCUGGAGAGAGAGUUGGAUGAGCUGCGAAAGACUAGAGGAUCAGCCCCAUCAAUGGCAGGCAAUGAGGAUGCUGGUGUCGAAAGAGAGAUCUACCUUGGCAAUGAAGGCACUUCAUUCCAGUUUGAUCAUCUGCCCAACGAAGUCACCUUUGCCCAGGGUUCAGUCAAGUCAGAGGAGACUGAGGCACCAGAGCCAAUCAUGUCAUUCAUCCAGCCAAGAUAA